UGGCUUCCGCGGUGCAAUCAAACCAGCCUGACAGGCUCAACCAGAUCUUCAACGGGCUGAAGAACAGGAAUGCAGACAUUCGAAUGCAGGCAGCGGAGGAGUUGAUGUGCUUCGUUUCGAUGAAUAUAGCAGAGAUGUCCUCGGAUGCUGCGGCAAAGCUAUGGGACGAUAAUAUCAACAGAAGAUUGUUCGAACUUACGCACAGCCAGAACAGUGUCGAUGCUUUCGGUGGUUUACUGGCAAUAGGGAAGCUCCUUCAAGUAGAUCAAGAAGAAACCAUCGAAUCCAAGCGAAACCUGUUCCGUUUCUACAACUAUGUCAAGCAUCUCCUCCCCAAUCACGACGUCAACCUCAUGCUGGCGGCUUCGAAAACGUUGGGCCAGAUAGCAGAAAUAGGUGGCUCUGCAUUCGGAGAGCGGUUCAUGGACUACGAAGUCCCAGCUGCUAUCGAAUUGAUGCAACCCGACAAGCAAGAAUCACCCCGCUACGCCGGCGUCUUGAUCCUGAAGGAACUCGCAAGAAACAGCCCGACCUACUUCCACUCCCACAUCGACAUCGUAUUUGACAAUAUCUUGGUGCCACUGCGGGACCAACGCGUCAUUGUCCGGGAAGGAGCUGCAGAGCUACUUGCUGCCUGCCUCGAAAUUGUCACCUCCCGCGAACGUCAGGGCCGAACGCCGUACCUAUCGAAGAUUUUGCAAGAUGCACAAACGGGUCUUAAACAGAACCAACCUGAGGUCAUUCAUGGGUCGCUACUAACGCUCCGCGAAUUGUUAUUGCAUGCCGGCAUGGUCAUGAGGGAACACUUCCUGGACACUGCCGACCAGGUACUCCGUUUCAGAUCUCACCGCGACCUUCUUGUUCGCAAGAUGGUCAUCACCAUGAUUCCCUCGCUAGCAGCAUACGAUACACAAACCUUCACAGAACAUUUCCUACACAAGGCUAUGGCGCAUCUCCUAACACAACUAGAGAAACCGAACGAGCGCUCAUUUGGGUUCAUCGCGAUUGGUCACACUGCCACUGCUGUUGGUAGUGAUAUGAAACCCUUCCUUGAUUCGAUUAUGCAGCCCAUUAAAGCUGGGCUGCAGGGCAGAGGGCGCAAGAAUGCGCCAUCUGAAGAACCUAUCUUCCAAUGCAUCGGCAUGUUAGCCUCUGCUGUUGGUCCCAACCUGACGAAGUUACUGCACGAUCAACUAGAUCUUAUGCUGGCAUGUGGUCUAAGUGAACCCCUCGUCCAAGCCCUUACCGCCAUUGCCAAAUGCAUCCCACCGCUGCUCAAGACUAUCCAAGGUCGUCUAUUGGACCUCUUAUCUCAUAUUUUGAGUGGUCAGCCAUAUAAGCCUCUCGGAUCGCCCCCCUCCCUUGGACGAACCGAUGGACCCGCCGCAAAUAGGGACCUUAACGCAACCCAAGUCAAUGGUGUCGAUAAAAGCCCGGAGUUGAUUACAUUGGCCUUGAAGACAUUGGGUUCAUUUGACUUUAGCGGCCACGUUUUGAAUGAAUUUGUUCGAAGCUGCGCUUUGCCAUAUCUUGAAGACGAUAAUCCCGAAGUUCGACGAGCGGCUGCGCUGACGUGUUGCCGUCUAUUCGUCAAAGAUCCCAUUUGCUACCAAGCCAGCAGUCAUGCUAUCGAAAUCAUAAGUGACGUAUUAGAUAAAUUGCUGACUGUUGGAAUUGCCGAUCCCGGUGCAAAGAUCCGUCAAACAGUUCUAUCUUCACUGCAUGAGCGUUUUGACAAGCACCUUGCCCAAGCGGAGAACGUCCGUUCACUGUUUAUUGCACUGAACGACGAAGUCUUCGAGAAUCGCGUCACUGCUGUCUCGUUGAUUGGUCGUCUCGCCAAGCACAAUCCGGCAUACGUGAUGCCUUCACUACGCAAGGCUCUUAUCCAACUACUCACGGAGUUGGAAUACUCAACAGUGAUGCGCAACCGAGAGGAGUGUACGCGCUUGCUAACUCUUCUCGUCAGUGCUACGCAGCGAUUAAUCAAGCCAUAUGCUUUGAAUAUGCUGCGGGUCUUGCUUCCAAAGGCUAACGACGGCAAUCCUGCUGUCGCAGCAAAUGUGCUGAUGUGCCUAGGCGAAUUGACCUGUGUUGGGGGAGAAGACGCAAUGCCGCAGGUUCCUGAGCUCAUGCAGGUCAUCAUCUCACGGCUUUCGGACCCUUCUCUGAUCAAACGCGAUGCGGCUCUGCAUACCCUUGGCCAAGUCUGCUCCAGCACUGGCUACGUGAUUCAACCGCUUAUCGACUUCCCUCAACUCUUGCCACUCCUGGGACGAAUCUUAAGGACAGAAACCAACCAGCCUGUGCGGCGCGAGGUCGUUAAAGUUCUGGGUAUUCUAGGCGCUUUGGAUCCAUAUAGGAGAAAGGGCAGACCGGACGAAGAUCUUUCAAGCGAGACAGCAGUUGCUGCUGUAAAUCAGGUUCCUGUUGCUCUGCAUAGCCCGAACGCUUCCUCCGACGACUAUUUCCAAACGGUCGUUAUUACGUCUCUUCUCGCCAUUCUCAAGGAUCAGGCUCUGAGCAGUCACCACCACACUGUCAUUGAGGCCAUCAUGUCGAUAUUCAAGACGCAAGGGCUGAAGUGCGUCACCUUCUUACCACAGGUCAUCCCUGCCUUUGCUGCCGUUACUAGAGGUUCAGCUGCUCGUCUCCAAGAAUUCCAUUUGCAGCAACUUGCUAUCCUCACCGGCAUCAUCAAGCAACAUGUCCGCAACUAUAUGCCCGAGGUAUUCAACCUGGUCACGGAACUUUGGGAAAAUGCCACGCUUCAACUUCCCAUUGUUUCUCUCGUUGAAGCCUUUGGGAAGGCACUAGAUGCAGAGUUCAAACCCUUCCUGCCUUCCAUCCUUCCCCUCAUCCUCAAGGUUUUCGAUGGUGAAUUGACCGAGAAGAGGAUCAAUACGCAGAUCAAGAUAUUCGAUGCAUUCCUGACCUUUGGGGCGAACAUCGAGGAAUAUCUACACCUUGUAAUACCUAUCAUCGUCAAGUCGUACGAACGACAAGAAUACGUGGAACGUCCCGAGUCGUUGACUGCCCUUCGCAAGCGGGCCAUUCAGACCAUCGAUGGCCUUUCACGGAGAGUCAACUUCUCUGAUCAUGCAUCCCGCAUUAUCCACCCCUUGGUCCGGGUCCUCGAAGGUGGAAACAAUGAAUUGCGCAUGACGGUCAUGGACACCCUUUGUUCUCUUGUCAUACAACUGGGAUCUGACUUCGCCAUCUUUGUACCCACGAUCAGCAAGGGCUUGAUGAGAAAUCGUAUUCCGCAUCCGAAAUAUGAGAACUUAAUCUCCAAACUUCUCAAUGGCGAGAGGCUUCCUCAAGAGGCAGGCGUUUUGGAGCUUCUGUUAAGUGAAAAUGCCAAAGCCCCAGAAUUCUCAGCGCCUGCAGAAGCGACAAAGAUGACUGUGAAUCAGCAACAUCUCAAGCAAGCUUGGGAUAUAUCGCAGGUUACCACGAGGAACGACUGGAUAGAAUGGAUGCACCGACUCGGCGUCGAAUUCAUGAAGGAGUCCCCAUCUCAUGCCCUUCGAGCGUGUAUGAGUCUUGUCGAUAUCCACCCACCGUUGGCGAAAGAGCUCUUCAACGCAGCAUUCUUAUCGUGCUGGAGCGAACUUUAUGACCAAUACCAGGAAGAUCUUGUUCGAUCAAUCGAAUAUGCCAUCACGUCCUCAACUGCCCCUUCUGAGCUCAUUCAUCGUCUCUUGAAUUUGGCCGAAUUCAUGGAACAUGAAGAGAAACCCUUGCCAAUAGAGCAUCGAACCCUGGGUGAAUACGCCAUGAAAUACAUGGCUUAUGCUAAGGCCCUACAUUACAAGGAGCUGGAAUAUUUCUCGGAAUCAUCACCGGCCGUGAUCGAGGCCCUCAUCUCAAUCAAUACUCGACUACAACAGCAUGACGCCGCCUGGGGCACCUUGCUCACCGCCCGUGAGCAGUAUGAUGUUACAAAGCACGAAGAGUGGUACGAACGUCUUGGACGUUGGCAAGAGGCCUUGGCGGCCUACGACCGGAAAGCUGAACUUGACCCAAAUGCGCCGGACGUCCGAAUAGGUCGCAUGAAGUGCUUCCAUGCCCUCGGAGAAUGGGAUCAAUUGGCUGCUCAGGUGGACGAAGUUUGGCAAAAUGCCAAUGCGGAGGAUCGUCGAGAGAUUGCCCCAAUGGCUGCUGCUGCUGCCUGGUCUCUGAACGAAUGGGAUUCCAUGGAUGAUUACAUUGCCACGAUGAAGCCAGAUUCUCCUGAUCGUGCCUUCUAUCGCGCCAUUCUGUCGGUUCAUCAAAAUCAAUUCCCCAAGGCUCUGGUUCAUAUCGCAAAGGCUCGUGACCUUCUGGAUCCAGAACUCUCAUCAUUUGUCGGAGAGGGUUAUGGUCGAUCGUACAAGGUCAUGGUUCGAGCGCAAAUGCUCUCAGAAUUGGAGGAAAUCAUUGCCUUUAAGCAAUAUGCCGACCAACCAGAACGUCAAAUGACCAUGCGCAAGACCUGGAUGAAGAGGAUACAAGGAUGCCAACCUGAUGUGGAAGUCUGGCAGCGAAUACUGCAAGUUCGGACCCUUGUUCUCAACCCUGAAGAUGAUCCUAUGAUGUGGAUUAAAUUUUCCAACUUGUGCCGCAAGAGCGACCGGAUGGUCCUCGCUGAGAAGACGAUCAAUUCUUUGCUUUCUCCUGACAGGGGUAUGCACGAACACCACCACAGCAAAGCACCGCCGAAUGUUGUUUAUGCGCAGCUCAAAUAUAUGUGGUCAACAGGAGCAAAGGACGAUAGCUUAAAUUUCCUUCGUCAGUUUUCUGCAAGCCUUGCUCGUGACGUCAUGCAAGAGACAAACCCGCAAACGCAACGCUCCCAUGUGCCGAAACAGAAAAUAGCAGAACUGUCAAAGCUCGUCGCACGUUGUUACUACAAGCAAGGCGAAUGGCAAGUUGCCCUCAAAGACGACUGGGGCUCCGGGAAUAUCGAGGACAUUCUUCAUUCUUACCAUUUAGCAACUCGUUAUGACACCUCAUGGUACAAAGCAUGGCAUACGUGGGCACUGGCAAACUUCGAUGUCAUUGCGUUCAUGGAAGGCCAGACAGAGGGUAGAGCCAGUGACAUCGUGGGAGAUAGACUGGCAGUUCAUGUUGUUCAAGCCGUCGAAGGCUUCUUCCGUUCGAUUGCUCUUCGUAACCAGGACGCACUUCAAGACACCCUUCGUCUUCUUACCUUGUGGUUUAAGUAUGGGGCGCACGAGGAUGUUAGCAACGCCAUGGGUAAUGGGUUCUCGACUGUGGAGGUUGAUACCUGGCUUGAAGUCAUUCCUCAGGUCAUUGCCCGAAUUCAAACUCCACAUGCGAACAUCCGCAGAAACAUAAACCAUCUCCUGACAGAUGUUGGCAAACAUCACCCACAAGCACUCAUUUACCCUUUGACCGUGGCCUCCAAGUCUUCUAGCGUCGCCCGCCAGAAUGCUGCCACCGCGAUUAUGGAACGAAUGCGCGAACACAGCCCAACGAUCGUGUCUCAGGCACUGAUUGUCAGUCGCGAACUCAUUCGGGUUGCAAUCCUGUGGUACGAGCUUUGGCACGAAGGCCUGGAGGAGGCAUCCCGUCUUUUCUUCUCAGAAAAGAAUGCUGCAGGGAUGAUUGCAGCACUGGAGCCUUUGCACGAACUCCUGGAAGCUGGUCCAACUACAGCAAGAGAGACCUCAUUCGCUCAAGUGUUCGGUCGAGAGCUUCACGAGGCACGAGAGGCUUGUCGCAGAUAUCGCAACUAUGGUGAUACCAGUGAACUGGACAGAGCAUGGGACAUCUAUUAUGGAGUCUUUAAGAGGGUCGAGAAGUCCCUGCCGCAGUUGACAACUUUGGACCUCCAAUAUGUUUCCCCGAGCUUGUUGAAAGCUCGCAACCUUGAUCUUGCCGUUCCUGGCACCUACCAAGCUGGGCGACCUAUCAUCAAGAUCGCAAGCUUUGCCACGAAGUUGACUGUCAUUGUCUCAAAGCAGCGACCAAGGCGUCUCUCGUUGAAAGGCAACGAUGGCAGAGAUUACCAGUAUGUCUUGAAAGGUCACGAAGAUCUUCGUCAAGAUGAGCGAGUCAUGCAACUCUUCGGCCUCGUGAACACGCUUCUUUCCGUUGAUACCAACAGCUUCAAAAGACGCCUGCACAUCCAAAGAUACCCAGUCAUUCCUUUAGCACCAAACGCUGGUCUUCUCGGAUGGGUGCAAGACAGUGAUACCCUGCAUGUUCUGAUCAGGGACUACAGAGAGUCUAGAAAAGUCCUGCUGAACAUCGAAUAUCGCUUGAUGCUUCAGGUGGCACCCGACUACGAGAACCUUUGCCUGUUACAGAAAAUAGAGGUCUUCGAGUACGCUCUGGAAAAUACCACUGGCCAGGACCUAUAUCGCGUUCUGUGGCUCAAGAGUGACAACUCUGAACACUGGUUGGAACGGAGAGCCACGUAUACUCGUUCACUCGCGGUCAACAGUAUGGUUGGCCAUAUUCUAGGACUUGGUGACAGACAUCCGUCAAAUGUCCUCCUCGAACGCAGCACAGGCAAAGUUGUUCACAUUGAUUUCGGAGAUUGCUUCGAAGUUGCUAUGCAUCGCGAGAAAUUCCCGGAGAAGGUUCCCUUCCGACUGACAAGAAUGCUGACCCACGCGAUGGAGGUCAGCGGCAUCGAAGGCAGCUUUAAGAAUACUUGUGAAAUUACAAUGACGGUCCUCCGUGAUAACAAGGAAUCUCUGAUGGCCGUCCUUGAGGCGUUUGUCUAUGAUCCUCUGAUCAACUGGAGGUUGAUGCAGACCGAAGUUGAAGCCCGCCGAACAGAAGGACCCGCAAUGGAUCCUGAACGACAAGCUGAGCUUGCUAGAGUGGCGGGUCAUCCACAAGGUCCUAUGCGCAAGUUGAAAGCUGACGAAAACGACAUCUUCAACGGCGAAGGACAACCUGGUGGCGCUCAAGAAGUUCGGAACGAAAGGGCAUUAUUUGUCUACAACCGUGUCCUCAACAAAAUCACAGGACGGGAUUUCAAUCCGGAAGUUGUGUUAAGUGUGCCUGCUCAAGUCGAAAAACUGAUCGAACAAGCAACGGCUUUGGAAAACUUAUGCCAGUGCUUCUCAGGAUGGUGUGCUUUCUGGUAAU